CUGCUUGAAAAUUUGUCGAAAAGUUUGCUCAUUUUAAUUCUUUGUUUUUAAAUACUUUUUUUCGUUUCCAUUUCAUUUUGUCAGUUCUAUUUUAGCGCAUUUUUAUACCCUGUUUUUUCUGUAUCAGCAUUGUUUUAUAAAUCACAUAUAUUCAUAUCAUUUCUUCAUUACCCACGCACACACACUCCUCUAUAUUUUUUCUCACACAGCCAUAAAAACCAUGGUCCGCUCAUUAUGUGAUUCAGCCCUAAACUCCUUUCGGGGUGCUAUUCUGGUCAAAGACGGCAAGCAGACAUCAUGCGAAAUUGCGCUUAUCGACGAAAAGGCCGGCUUUGUCGCAGCCAACUGCCUGGGUAAGACUUCUAGCGACUCCAUCGACGCUAAAGUCACAUACGAGCUCUCCAACCAAGGCCCGGAUAAACAUCGCCGAUAUUUACAUUCACCGGCGUACAAUUCGGAAUCGUUUGCCAACAACAUCGCUGUGGUCAAGUUCACAUAUCCUGACAGCUCCUCAAACUGGAACAGCCCCAUUGCCGCCUACAGAAACGAGUGGACAGACAUUGCGUAUGUUCGCCGGCUGCUGACCAACGUCGACGACAUGUCGUGGAGAAACCCGACAAUUGUCUCUCAGUUAAACUCCGACCCAAGCUGCGCCCAGGCCUCCGGUCUGUAUAAGAAUAAUCCAAACGAUUUUGUGUGCUCAAAAGCGAGCACGGCGUCGCCGAUUGACAGCAAAUGUGCCAUGCCCUACGGCUCGGUUUACGGCGUGGGCAAAAACUCGAUGGGCGAGGCCGCGCUUUACAGUCACUCGGUUGUUUACGGUAACUACAUGUGCGAGGAGAGCUCGAAAUUCCAUUAUUACACGCUGCUCACCAACUACGUUAUGUACGCGCGGGCGGUGCUCAAUCGCUCUGUCAGCCAGUACGUCGAAAAUACGAGUGCCCUUGACGGCCUUGGCAGGAGCGUCAACUUCCAGAUGAAGUCGCCAAGCGCAGCUGACGACAACAACACCAGGCACUUUGGCGGCGACAUGUACACCGUUGAAAAUACCGUUUCUGGCAAAGUCGUCUGGGUUAUUGACGUCACAACAGCUCCCGGAGCUGUCAGCACGUCCACAAUGACAGAUCGCGUCACCGAAACUAGAACUAUGGAUCAACCCUCCAGGUCAAACGACAAUGAAUCUGACGUUGCUCUUGCAAGCUCUGGCCUUGACCAGUCCUCAAGCGAUGUCGACCAGGACUCUUUGAACGGCCUGGAUGGCGAAAACGAUGACACCUUCAGCGGCGUCCCAAAAAGCACGGUAAUUGCCAUGGCCACGGCUAUUCCGCUGGCGGCUAUUGUGCUGGCCAUAGCGCUGUAUUUUAUAAUUACCAGGUACCAGCGAAACCAGCAGCGCAAAAAGUGGAGUCGUGGCUCAAUUUCGCGCCAGAAAAAUGUGCUUGCCCUUGUUGACGAGCUUGGCGGCGCCUCGCAGCCGGUGUGCAGAUGCCCGGUGCGGCACUCCUACUUGAACCGCAACAGCACACUGUUUGCAGACCCGACCAGCGUCGAGAUUGAGUACAUGAACUCGCUGCAGUUUGGAGGCUACGAUUCUUCUGCUGGCCAGAUGGGUAACUCGGCUCUGGCUAGGCCACCAGCAAACUCGGCACCUUUCACACACCCACCACACUUUACACCGUAGGCUAAGCCGACAAAGCGGAAGCUUCUAGCAGCGCUGUAGCAGUAAACUUGGUCGACAUUGCAAAUAUCACAAUUGAUUUUUCUGGCUUGCCUAUUUCAAACUUUAGCAAAAGGAUACACCCGAGCAACUCAGUUGGAUUGUCGAAAAGUUCACUUUUUUCUGUCGAUCUUUUGGUCUGCACGUCUGCAUAUUCUUUGCGGUCUAGCAAUGCCAGCCAGUCCGCAUCUACAAUUUUUUCGACGCACGUUAAUUUGUCUUUCUAAAAAAACGGCCUAUGUACAAGUACUCAUCAUGUUAAAAUCUAAUUUUUUGCAUUUGUGGCAAACAGCAUUGGCGAAUUAUCAUUUUAAAUUGUAUAAAAGAUACCUGCUUUUUUU